UCUCAGCGAACUUUUGCGGCCGUUGAUUGGUCUAUCUUGACAACCGAACGCUACUAUUUCAGCAGUUAUUGGCCAAGUUCCGAAGCACGAAUGUCUCAACCAGAACCGUCAUCACAAUCUUCAACUGAUACCCAAGAGAUUUAUUCUCAAGGUUCCUUCGAGGAAAUAUGGGAAUCAUUAGGACGAACAUUCUCCAAUCCAGAUAAAGUUAUUCAAGGUAUUGUGACUGAUGAGAUUCCUUUUGAAGUUCAAUUCAAAGAUUCUCAGAUACAAGACAAUAUUGAACUAGUUUGUAAAGAAAGGACAUUCAAAAGAUAUGGUCAGCCAAAUUCACCAACCUUUUCACAGCAGUUCUGUGACUUGCUACAAUCACCAGCUCCACUCGAUACUUCAAAUACCAGCAAUGGUCAUGCUGCAGUAUCAGUUAAUGGUACAUUGUCAAACAACAACAGAAUAUGCGAGCCGGUUGAAUUACCACCAAUCCUUCCCAACAAGGGCCAUCCUGGAGAAUAUAAUUUUGAGAUUGGCUUCGAAACAAAUAACGAACCCAUCACGAAAGCCACGCCCUGGGUUUACGUUACCGAACGCCAAAAGUUAUUUGUAAAAAUGCAAUGCGUUUGUCCAAUACUCUUUUAUAUUCGAGGUAACCCUCCCCCUGGCACUGGUGUUCGUGGAAUAUUGAUGUACAAACGGCCUGAACACUACAAGGAUAUCGUUACACGCUGUCCAAAUCACAAGAAUAUGUGUAAAGAAGACAUGUCAUAUCAAGACCACGUAAUGAGAUGUGAAAAUCCGAGUACAAUUUACCAGACAUGCCCGAAGACAGAGCGUUUCUCUUUGUUCCUACCGCUCAGUGCUGUCAACACUGUUGAAGGGGGCGGUUAUUUUAAAGAACUAUUCAAGUUCACCUGUUUCAACUCCUGUGUCGGUGGAAUGAACAGACGCCCAACGUACUUGUUGUUUAGGCUUGAAUGCGGAGGAACCAUUUAUGGGCGUGCUGUGAGGGAAGUACGAAUAUGCGCCUCGCCAGGCAGAGAUAGUACAGAAAAAGAGCCAAGCACGAAUGUAAAGAACACGAAAAAUACCGAUAAACGUAACGAACCUACUUCUACCUCAGACAUCAUCACUCCAAUGCCUCUCUCUAGCGCACAAUCACCCGGAUCAUCCCCUACUACCGCAUAUCCUCCCCGAGCAAGUGUAUUAAUGUCAACAAGGAAAGAUCCCACGAGUGCCCCAGAGCCUUUUCAGUUUCCUGCUGUCAGUGAAAACCAGGCGACGAAACGUCAAUAUCCAGUAGGUACGGAAGGCUUUGUUUUCAAGAAGGUGAAGAAAUCUUACGGAAAUGCAACUGACCCAACAGAUGACGACCAAGUGUUUACCAUUGCGAUCCGUGGACGAGAGCGUUAUGAAAUAAUGCAGAGAAUCAAUGAGGGAUUACAUAUGAUGGAUGACGUCAAAGUGCCAGCUUUAAAUUCUAACAGGUAUGCUAACAGUGACAUUGAAUCUUCUCAAGAAUUCACAAGAAUUCAACCAAAAGUACAUUCAAUUGACAUCAAAAAGGAAAAGGCCGACCCUUCACAGUGUGAUGUUAGCCCCCAGUCUUCUCAGGAACUUUCACAAUUAAGUCGUUCAUCAUCAAACGCCUCGUCCCAGUCUUCCGCAACACAAGCCUUUCCGGAGUACAGCGCAAAGAUGAUAACAAUGAAGCGAACAAUCUCGUUAAAGACUUCCCCUGUUCCGAAAUCUGUCUUGCUACAAGAGACGAUGGCGAAAAAUAUUUAGAAAUCAUGGUGCGAUGUGCAAGGGAGUGAAAAAUUGUGGUGGGCUGAUGUUACCAGUUGAAAUAACUGAGCAACCCAAGUGUAACAAAGUUCUACUAUUGUUAGUACGUUUUACUAAGCAAAUAUCCCCAAAUUGUGUCAAGUGUCUUUCACUAGAGCAAGGAUAUCAAAACAUUUGUUUCAAAAUGCAUUGCAAAGAUAGUUGGAUGAUUGUUUUGUUUUUGAGAUUUUUUGUUUCGCUUUAGGAACGGACUUAUUAAACUUUGUAGGUUUUCUAUAAGUUAUACCCUUUAAAUUGAAGGAUUGUAGAGAUAUUCGUUAUUCAAAACGGAUGUUUUUGACUAUUUUUAUGUAACCGUCCAUUCUACACUGUUUAUGCAAUGUGUAAUUAGUUUGUAGGUCUUACAGACCGCUAUUAUGUACACUCAAUACAUGUAGUGUGGUGUAUGCAUGCUAGGUAUUUUCCUGUACGAGUUUCACACAUCUACAAGGUAGUGUAUAGGGUAGUAUAAUUUUUUUAUUACGUUUUGGUUUGGAAACAUUGCUAUCUCAAAUUCUGGGCAUUAUUGAGUUGCAUGUGUUGUACGUGGAGUAAAGCUUGAGAGAGGAUAUCUUCGUAAAUCGCUUUGCUUCAAAAUGACCUAUGCACAUUUCCUCUCAAAAAACUAUUCAUUUUCAUCCAGCCCAGCUUUGGGAUUGUUUAUGAACAGCAUGUAAAUACAACAAAUUACUAAAGUGUAAAUUAGUUUCUUCAUGUAAAAGUAUUGUAGUAGUGGUACAUGUUGUGAUUUCAUACAUGUUUUCCUAGGAAAAGACUGUGUACAGGCCCUUCGUUUUUGAAAGAAAUUUAACUUAAAAUACGUUGCACUUAGACUGUAUGUAAUUAAGUGUAUUUAGACCGUUGUAGACUAGAGUAUAAAUAUUUUUAUACAUGUUUUGUUUAUUGUUAUGUUUCGUGCGUUAUUCCAAGAGGAUGAGAAUAAAAAGUUAAGAAACAAACUUCAUAUCGAUUUGCCGACAUUCAUCAUUUGAAAAUGAAGGUAUAUUUUGUAAGAGGGUGGCCUUGAUAUAGUAGUAUAAACUAGCGAGUAUA